UCAGGGAAACUCUAUGGCCGAUCAGAAGUCCUCCAGCCUUCAGCUUCGACCCGGCGCCCGCCCUUGACGGACGCGAUGGCCGCUGUCGUUGCGCUGGGCCGCCUCCGCGCCCUCCUCCGCCCGCUCGCCUGCCCGUUGACACCGGGACAUGGCAGCAGCCGCCGCCUCGCUUCGAAUCUGCCCAAACAUCUGCUUCCAGGGGCAUACCCCAAGACUCCAAAAGAGCAGGCAGCUGCUGCAAAGAAAUACAACCUGACACUGGAGGACUAUAAGCCAUAUGCAGAUGAUGGUUUGGGUUAUGGUGACUAUCCCAAACUCCCAGAUCAAUCCGUAGAAGAAAAAAAUCCUUGGUAUGAAUGGGAUUAUCGUGACCUGAGGCGCAAUUUUGGAGAACCAUUGCAUCGGAGCUUAGAUUUAUAUGUACGGACACGGGUUGAUACGUCCCCGACCCCCAUUUCCUGGCAUAUCAUGAAGAGGUAUUUUUGGGGGUUUAUUGGAAUCAUGUUGUUCAUGGCUUUUGUUGGCGAAAUAUUUCCAUGCUACCAACCAGUGGGACCAAAGCAGUUUCCUUAUCAUAAUACAUAUUUGGAGGACAGACCAGAUCCCAAUAUUAAACCACUGUCAGAGAAGCACUAUAAAAUGUAAAGGUAUCUGGAGCUGCAGGGGUUGUUUUGUUUUGUUUUGACCUUUGGUAGACCUAUAUUUCGUCUAAUUCUUGUUUUAAAGAUUGUCCUGGAAAAGCAAUGAUGCUUCUUUCCAUGUGUAACCUGUAUCCUAUCACUUUGUUCAUUAAAAAAAGGAGAAAAAUUACAGAAUGUUGAGUCAUUAUGCAUUGGGCAUGAGAAGUCUGAAUGGUAUAAAGAAAAGAAAAA